CAAGCAGUGGGCGGAGUCUGCCGUCCAUCUUUAAUGUACUGGACAGAAGGGGGGUUGACGAUCUGAAAACAUUACCAAAUUUGAAUUAAGGAAUUGUCGGAGAUUUUUCUCGUGGCUGUCAUACAGAGAUACUGACGAAUAUUGCACACGUUUGAAAAAGCAGUGACAGAAGGUAUGAAGACAGUAUCAUAGCGAAGCCAUGGCUGAUAAGAGAAAACUUCAAGGUGAAAUAGAUCGAUGUUUGAAAAAAGUUGCUGAAGGCGUGGAACAGUUUGAAGACAUUUGGAAAAAGCUUCACAAUGCUGCAAAUGCCAAUCAGAAGGAGAAAUAUGAGGCAGAUCUUAAGAAAGAGAUUAAAAAGCUCCAGCGGCUACGAGACCAGAUUAAGACAUGGGUGGCAUCCAAUGAGAUCAAAGACAAACGGCAGCUAGUAGAGAACCGCAAGCUUAUUGAAACGCAAAUGGAACGCUUUAAGGUUGUUGAAAGAGAAACCAAAACAAAGGCCUAUUCUAAAGAGGGGCUGGGCUUGGCUCAGAAAGUGGACCCAGCACAGAAGGAGAAGGAGGAAACAGAACAGUGGCUCACGAAUACAAUAGAUACUUUGAACAUGCAGGUGGACCAGUUUGAAAGUGAAGUUGAGUCCCUCUCUGUUCAAACUCGAAAGAAAAAAGGAGACAAGGAGAAGCAAGAUCGGAUUGAGGAGCUCAAGAGGUUAAUAGAGAGGCACCGGUACCACAUUCGUAUGCUAGAGACUAUCUUGAGGAUGCUGGACAAUGAUUCAAUCCAGGUGGACGCUAUUCAUAAGAUCAAAGAUGAUGUGGAGUACUAUAUUGACUCAUCGCAAGAUCCAGACUUUGAGGAGAAUGAGUUUCUAUACGAUGACCUGGACUUGGAGGAAAUACCGGCAACCUUAAUGGCGACAUCCCCUCAGAGCCAUAUGGAAGAUGAGAUGUUUCUUCAGUCCAGCAGCACCCCGAACUCCACCACUUCCUCUUCCCCCAUCCCACCAUCUCCUGCCACAGGCACUAUGGAGAAUUCAGAUGAUAAACGAGGUCGAUCCACAGACAGUGAAGUCAGUCAGUCUCCAGUGAAAAACGGCAACCUGUCUCUUUCGUCCUUCUCCUCAUCCACCUCCUCUGGCUCCUCCUCCUCUUCUUCUCUGGUCUCCAUGGCUACUGUUGUCGGAGGCUGCACGGCGGUCUCCGGGGGCAGCAGCCUGCUGGGAAGCUUUAGCAGUGCAGUGCAGCAGCAUCCUCCUCAGUCUCAACAGCAAACACAGGUCAAACUUUCCUCCACAUCUGCACCUUCCAACAACACGCCGAGCCCACCUAGCCACUCCACGCUACCUGCCUCCACUUCUUCCUCUCUGCCCAGUUCCAGCACACCUGGCCAAGUUACUUCCAAUUCCCAGUCCCAGGCUUCAACAGGGUCUGGGGCUGGGGGCUCCAGCCAUGGACUAGGUUUGGGCCUGGGGAAAGGAGGUGUGACGGUGUCCAGCAGCAGUAGUGUGGGUCAGAUACCAGGUCUGGGUCUGACAGGAAUAUCUGGUUCUCUCAACACCAUGGCAGGGCUUCUCUCAGGCUCUACCCCUGCCCCUUAUGCUCAGGCGGCUGCUGGUGGAACAGCAAGUAAUGCCUCUAGUGGUCCGGUGGGGAGUAGCAGCAGCAGUAGUUCUGGCAUAUCUGCACCAAGUGGAGUUGCCGGGGUAGUGAGCAUAGUUGCAACCAGUAACGGUACGGGUACAGGGGCAGGUAUGGGUCUAUUAGGGUCCAGUCCGGGUCAUGGAGCUUUAAGCGGAGGUAUUCUGAACCUGGUACCCGGGCAGACAGCUCUUCAGGGGUCUACACCUGUGAGUCCUGUUGGCACAGCACCUGGUGGAGGAACCGGCGAGAGUGGAUUGGGGGGCAAUGGGAGCAGUGCAGUGGGAAGUGGAGGUGUAGGGACAAGUGUAGCACCUGCGAGACCCCCCAGCUGCCUCAAACAAAAUGGAGCAACCAGUUACAGUGCUGUGGUUGCAGACAACACACCAGACUCCUCCCUCAGCAGUGCCAGCCAAUCACAAAACAGCCAUUCCUCUUCCUCAAGCUCAUCAACAAAUCAAACUCUGGAUAAUGGUCUCAGUUUAUUGAGUUCUAUCACUCUACCCCCCUCCUCUCCAUCACCUGCUUUCACUGACAGCACACCUGGUGGUGGGAGUCUGCUAAACGGCCCACACUCCUAUACACCAAACACAGACGCCAUCAAGGCUCCUGAGCCACCGAGCUCUCUGAAAGCAAUGGCAGAGAGAGCUGCACUGGGAUUGGCACUAGAUGGAGAAAUCCCAUCACUGCACCUCACAGAUCGAGAUCUGUUCUCGGGGUCCUCUGCCCCACCUGGUCCCACAACGGUCCCCCAGCCUGCUGUUUCAGAGGUCAACCUCCCACCAUCUUUAGGGGCAUGUCCAUUAGGCCCCACUCCCCUCACGAAAGAGCAGCUCUACCAGCAGGCCAUGCAAGAGGCAGCAUGGACACAUAUGCCCCACCCUUCUGAUUCAGAAAGAAUCAGGCAAUACCUGAUGAGAAACCCCUGUCCUACACCACCAUUCCACCACCAAGUGCCCCCACAUCAUUCGGACUCUAUUGAAUUCUACCAGAGAUUGUCUACUGAAACUCUCUUCUUCAUAUUCUACUACCUGGAGGGCACAAAGGCGCAGUAUCUGUCAGCAAAAGCACUGAAAAAGCAAUCCUGGAGGUUUCACACCAAGUACAUGAUGUGGUUCCAACGGCACGAGGAACCCAAGACCAUCACUGAUGAGUUUGAACAGGGCACGUACAUUUACUUUGACUAUGAAAAGUGGGGCCAGAGAAAAAAGGAAGGAUUUACGUUUGAGUACAGAUACCUGGAGGACAGAGACCUACAGUGACUGACAAAGGAAGGAAGAGACAGAGAGAGUGAUUGCUACGACAGAGAAAAUGCUGCUGUUGACAUUCCGAGAUGAACUCCAUGUCGUGGUUAAAGUUGGAUGUGAAGUUGGCCUUUUUCUUUAAAAGAGAGAGAGAGAGAGAAAAAAAAAAGGGGAGGGGGGGGGGGGGUUGAGUGCCUGUUUACAUGCAAACAUUUGAACCUCCUUUAACGUUGAGUCUUUACCCCCUUAAUUUCUGUUCUAACUUAAACCCCCACCUUGCCAAGCAGCAUAAAUAAAAGGAACGAUUUGGUUUAGGAUGCCACAGACAAAAUAUUUUGCUGGUAGUUUGUGUUUGGUGGAGUGCUGCAUUAGCAAGUCUUAUCUUUUUAGAUGACGUAUUAUAAUGACUAUGAUGUAUUGGCACUAUGCGAGAUCCUGAUUCUGAUGCAUUUGAUUGGUUGUUCUUAGUUCAUUGAGCCCCUCUGGGAGUGUUUAGGCACUGUGACUUUGCCUUGUGAGAUAACGUGUCGACCAUUAAAUUGCUAUGCAAUUGAAUUCCUCUCGACCUCCCUAACUUUUAUUAUUACCUAAAUGUGGUUUUACUAGACCACAAAGAAGUUGCCGUUAAUAGGGUAAUGUUGUGUAGCAUCUAUAUUACAUAUGUUCACAAGCAAGGUGGGUUGAAGUUGUCAGCGAGCAAAGUGGCGUGUGAUUAUUUGUCUGUUAAACAUGGCAUGAGUGACCACUUCAAAAAUAUCUAAUAAAAAGACAAAGAUUAAAACAAGUACAAUUUAAAAACAUUAUCUUUUCUUUCUCUUUGUGUCCUUUAGGUUGUUCAUGGCUGAAUAUUUUUGUUGUGUGGAAGUUUGCAUGUUAAAAAAAAAAAAAAAAAAAACCUUCCCCAAACUUUGCUCAAUAUUUUUUUGAAGCUACAUCUCAAAAACCUUCC